AUGACCGACCUCCAACUCACCUUCCUCCUCGCCGCCGCAACAGGCAACACCCUCGCCCUCGAGCAAGCCUACCGCACCAACACCUCCAUCCUAACAGCCAGCAACCCAGAAGGCCGCUCGGCCCUGCACCUCGCCGCCCUCCACGGCCACACCGCCGUCGUCCACCAACUCCUCUCCUACGGCACCAGCGCCUUCACAAAGGACUCCGCAGGCCAGACCCCCCUGCACCUCGCCGCGCAAGGCUCCGCCCCCGAGAUCGUCGAGCUCCUGCUCCAGAACGACUGCGGCUCCGGCUGCUCCGUCCGCGACAACACCUGCAAAACCGCCAUCUUCUACGCCUACCAGAACCCCAACGAGGAGAUCCUCGCCCGCUUCCAGAAAUACGCACCCAGCUGUGGCUCCGGGUGCGCCCUUACCCCGUCGAUUAUCCUGGGUGGCGGCGGCGGCGUGGGCGCAACGCAAUCGGAUUACUUUGGGUCGGUGUCGGUGUCGGUGUCAGCGUCGGCCUCCUCCUGCGGGCGGGGGCGGGCACCCACGGAACGAACCGCCAUCAGGUCGUGA